AUGGCAAAGCGUGCUCAGCCAGGCACACAAAGGCGGGGAAGGCAAAGGCCCGUCAGUGACAACGCAGCCCGUAGCCAAUCUUCAGCACAACUUGCAACCGGCCAGCGAAUGGGCCAGCAUGGCGAACCACCGAAACAUCAAAAACCUGUUCUCCUCAGGCCCCGUCCAAUCCAUUUGCGCACAAUAGCUGUCGCACCAAUGUGUGCCAGAGAAGAUAUGAAAGGGGGUCCUGAAUUCCAGCUCAAGCAGACCAACGUUUCGCAGCCUCAGCUUUCCCACCAAAACUCACUGCAGUCGGUUGCCGCUUCCCUCACAGCCUCCGAAGGCUACUGGAGCGCCUCGGAGAACACUUCGAGCUCUGGCGAGGACAAGAGACCUUUCUUUCAGACUCCGCCGUCGCAGAAUCGCACUCCAACAUCAUCACAGAGUCAUGAGCAGGUGCUGCCAUCAACCGAAGCCCCAGUGACGACCUCUCUUCGCGGCGUGGGCAUCCCUAGACAGCAGCCAGCCCAUACCUACACACACGAACGCCCCCAGUCGCCCGCCGUCUCCACCAUUGCUGAGGAGAGACCACGCACACGCGACACACGACACUCGGCUGUGCGAGACAUGGACACAGAGUCGCUGGCUACGACACCAGGCCAAGACACGACACCAUACAUACGAUUUGCCAUCGACCAGCUCACGCGAGAUGAGGAAGUACGGGGCUCAAGGGUAUACCCAGAGAUCAGGCAGGCUGUCCAAGACGAGGAUGACGACGACUAUCCAGUCGAGCGUAUAGUGCCAGACCACGGUCUUGGUUACAUGGCCCAGGAGCAGAGAACCCAGCAGCGCAUGUCGCAGCAAGCCCCUUUACAUGUGCGACGACCGUCUUCAGGUCGCGCUCAGCUGGUGCAAAUCCGCAAGAACUCACAGUCCCCAAAGCCAACUUCGCCAAAGGCAGCCCACUCUUCCUCGCAGCCACCCGUGCCCGCCUCUCCACCACAGCAGCAGUUCUACAACACACCUGCCCACCAACGGCAGCAGUCUCAGCCUCGACCUUCUUCCCCACGAGUACAGAAAGAUGUCUUCGUAGCGGCCAGCCCGUCAAACGCUCAACUCCACUUCCUUCCCGCUAUCCUCCGACCGGUAUGGCUAGGUUUCUACAUGCUCCUGUGCCUCCUCGUGCUUGCUGCCCUGAUCUUCAGCGCCAUCUACUCGAAUCGCAGUGGAGGAAUUGGGUUGUGGGAUUACGGGAGUUUUGGCGACGGUCGCUACUUCAUUUUCCAAUACCUACCGACGUUGAUCGGAGCACUCGUCUUGCUCUGGCUCAUACAGAUCCAAACAGCACUUCAGCGAGUUAUGCCAUUCGUCUCCAUGGCCUCUGAUUCCUUCCAUCGACGUUCUCAGGCCGUCUUUUUACGACUCUACCCCAUGCAGUGGCUGCUACCCAACACCGAGCACUUUCGUGCCGGUCACCGCCGCGUUGGGUCUUGUUACCUGGUUUUCUGGCUUUUCACUUGGACGAUACCCCUUCUCGCUUCUGCUUUCAACGUUCGAUACGACGUAACGCGCAGCAUCUGGAGAUGGACUGCCGUACAGGGCGUCAUCUGGACUGUCAUUGUUUUGUACAUUCUCCUAGUGAUCGCAUUGCUGGUCUUGCUGGUAUUCUUGAUUCGUAACCCAAGUGGAUUGCGAUGGGAUCCCCGAUCUCUUGCCGACAUCAUUUCAUUCCUGGAACGGUCCAAUAAUCUUGCCGACUACAAUGGCUCAGAAACAUUCGAAAAGGCUGACUGGCAACGGGUUAGCGGUCGUGCAGAUCGCAUUGGUCACUGGACUACGACGAAGCGGCCAACUGAUACAUUUUAUGGCAUUGGCGAGGAGGGUGGAGAAACGAGGUCUUACGCAGUUGAGCAAGGUCAGAUCAGGGAGAAGGCCGAACGUACUGCAGCUUCGGGCAACGACUUCUCCAUACGUAUGGAUAUUCGCAGCCCUGAUGUACGACUACGAUACCUACCUUGGUAUCUCAAGGACACCUCGGCCAUUGCAUGGGUUGUCGUGGCUUGUAUCUUGCUCAUUGCCUUCUACGUCGGCAGCUUUGUCAACAGCGCUGUUCUGGUGGUUUCUCGGCAUCCAACUUCCUCUACUCCUUCAUCCCGGCUCUGA